UCAACUGAUUCCCCCUUUCCAACGAAGAAGAAGGUGAAGUGAUCAUCAGCACCGACUCCAUGGCCAUGUCGGCGGCUACCUCACAUUCCCUUUUCCUCAAUAACCCUAAACCCAAUACCUUCUCCAUCAAUUCUCGUUCAAACAAACCCACCUCAAUAACUUGUUCAUCGGCUGCGCCGGUCCAGGAUCGAGUUUUCAAUUUCGGCGCCGGGCCAGCGACCCUUCCAGAAUCUGUCCUGAAAAAGGCACAAUCGGAGCUCUAUGUCUGGAAGGAAUCAGGCAUGAGCGUGAUGGAAAUGAGCCACCGAGGUAAAGAUUUUCUAUCCAUCAUCGAGAAAGCAGAGUCAGAUCUGCGUACCCUUUUGAACAUUCCUUUAGAAUAUUCCGUACUUUUCCUACAAGGCGGCGCCACCAACCAAUUCUCAUCAGUCCCUUUAAAUCUUUCCUCGUUGGAAGAUCCGACCGAUUACAUCGUCACCGGAGCUUGGGGCGAUAAAGCGUUUAAGGAGGCAUGUAAAUACAGUAAAGCAAAUGUAAUCUGGUCAGGAAAAUCGGAGAAAUAUACUAAAAUCCCAUCAUUCGAUUCAUUAAAACAGAACCCACAAGCCAAGUAUUUGCAUAUAUGCGCCAAUGAAACUAUCCACGGCGUAGAGUUUAAGAACUACCCUGUUCCAGAAAAUGGGAUUUUAGUUGCUGACAUGUCUUCAAACUUUUGUUCAAAACCGGUUGAUGUAACGAAAUUUGGAAUCAUUUACGCUGGUGCUCAGAAGAAUGUCGGUCCAUCUGGUGUGACGAUUGUGAUCAUUAGAAAAGAUUUGAUUGGGAAAGCUCAGGGGAUUACACCUGUUAUGUUGGACUAUAAGAUUCAUGCUGAUAACAAUUCUCUGUUUAACACACCCCCAUGUUAUGGAAUUUAUGUAUGUGGUUUGGUUUUUGAGGAUCUUCUUGCUCAGGGUGGAUUGGUUGAAGUUGAGAAGAAGAAUAUGAAGAAAGGGAAGAUUUUGUAUGAUGCGAUUGAUGAGAGUAAUGGGUUUUAUCGAUGUCCGGUGGAGGAAUCUGUUCGGUCGUUGAUGAAUGUUCCGUUUACAUUGGAGAAGUCGGAGUUGGAGGCGGAGUUCAUAAAGGAGGCGGCGGCGGAGAAGAUGGUGCAUCUGAAAGGGCAUCGUUCAGUUGGUGGAAUGAGGGCUUCGAUUUAUAAUGCUAUGUCUUUGGCUGGAGUUGAGAAAUUGGUCGCCUUUAUGAAAGAAUUCCAGUCUAGGCAUACUUGACUUGAUCACCAUGAAAUUAGCGACGGUUUUCAAUUAACGUCGUUAAUGUAUCAAGAAAAAGCCGGCCCUGUUUAGCUACAAUAAUUUCAUAAAUAGUGUCGUUUGAUCGUUUUUUAAUAAAUGAAACUCGAACUUUGAAUUAUG